GGGGCGGGGCCGCCGCUCCCCGCGCGCCGGUUCCGGUUUAGCGGCGGGCGCGCAGCUCUCGGGUCUCGGCAGCCGCGGUGCCCGGGCGCGUCAUGGCCGCUACCGCGUGGAUGCCCACGGUUUCUCGAUUGCUAGGUGCUUUCAAAACCCAAAAAAAGGUGACCAGAAGUUUUGGUAAUGCUGUACAAACAGUAACUUUAAUCCCAGGAGAUGGCAUAGGACCGGAGAUUUCUGCUGCUGUCAUGAAGAUCUUUGAUGCUGCCAAAGCACCUAUUCAGUGGGAAGAGAGGAAUGUUACAGCUAUCCAAGGACCAGGAGGGAAGUGGAUGAUACCCCCAGAAGCCAAAGAAUCCAUGGAUAAAAACAAAAUGGGAUUAAAAGGGCCUCUGAAGACCCCAAUUGCUGCAGGGCACCCAUCGAUGAAUUUGCUGCUGCGUAAAACCUUUGACCUUUACGCCAACGUGCGUCCGUGCGUGUCCAUCGAGGGCUACAAAACCCCCUACACAGACGUGAACAUCGUCACCAUCCGUGAGAACACCGAGGGCGAGUACAGCGGCAUCGAGCACGUGAUUGUUGAUGGGGUUGUGCAAAGCAUCAAGCUGAUCACAGAGGAAGCCAGCAAGCGCAUUGCAGAGUUUGCUUUUGAAUAUGCCAGAAACAAUCAGAGAAGCCACGUGACUGCUGUGCACAAGGCAAAUAUUAUGAGAAUGUCUGAUGGGCUUUUCUUGAGAAAAUGCAGGGAGGCAGCAGAAAACUGUAAAGAUAUUAAAUUUAAUGAAAUGUAUCUGGAUACUGUAUGUCUGAAUAUGGUUCAGGAUCCAUCUCAAUUUGAUGUGCUUGUUAUGCCAAACUUGUACGGUGACAUCCUCAGUGACUUGUGUGCUGGACUCAUCGGGGGUCUUGGAGUAACACCCAGUGGAAACAUUGGUGCCAACGGCGUGGCCAUUUUUGAAUCCGUUCAUGGAACAGCACCAGACAUUGCAGGAAAAGACAUGGCAAAUCCAACUGCCCUCCUUCUGAGUGCUGUGAUGAUGCUGCGCCACAUGGGAAUGCACAAACAUGCCACAAAGAUCGAGUCAGCUUGCUUCGAUACAAUUAAAGAUGGAAAGGUCUUGACAAAAGACUUGGGAGGCAAUGCUAAGUGUUCAGAAUUCACAGAGGAGAUCUGCCGCCGAGUACGGGACAAAGACUAAACCUCCUCCUGCUCCUGCUGAUGACUCUGGAAGGACACACCAUGGAGCCCAGUAUAUGUAACCUGAUAUCCACAUGCAUAGAGUUUGCUUAUCUCUUGAGAGCAAACUUUUUAGCUGAGGCCUCUCCAUUAAUAAAUCUAGUCCAAAUGGCUACAAAUGA